GGACGCUCGGCUGUCGCGCGGGUCGGUGGUAGUUCCAGAGAUACGCGUCAGACAGCGCCAGUGUUCCAGCGCUGCUACAAGCCGGCAGCACCCGAGACGAUGGACGGCAGCGCAGUGACGUUCCACAAGCAGCGUGGGCUCGUGGUGAGCCGCGGCGUGGCCGCCAUGCUGGCGCUGCUGUUCGCCGGCUGCAUGGUUGCCACGGGGCUGCUCGUCUACAAGUUCGCCUCCUGCACGGCCAGGGAGGCCGCCACCAUCUCCGCCGGUGGUGCAGGUCAGGACUGGCCGCUGGCUGGCUCCUCCCACAACCAGCAGCUGGCCACUCACGCCGCGCCGUCCUCCUCCACGCCCACCCCGAGCCCCACCUCCUCUACCCCCACCACCGCGGCCCCCACCAAACCGCCCAAGAUGGACGUGCGCCUGCCCAGGAGCAUCAGGCCGGAGUCCUACGUCAUCAGAAUCGUGCCGUUCAUCGUAGAGGGUAACUUCACCUUCCAUGGCGAGGUGGAGAUAUCGGUGGAGGUCCUGGAGGUGACGCGCUCCAUCACGCUGCACGCCAACGACCUGCGCGUGCUGGAAGAGAGCGUGAGCGUGACGCGGCGCGACGGCAGUGGGGGCGAGGUGCCCGUCGACCGGCUGGGCAGCGAUGGCCCGCGCCAGUUCCUCGUGCUGCACCUGGGUGCCGAACUGCUGCCCGGGGAGCGCUACAACGUGUCCAUGCACUACGUCGGCCACCUGAACGACGUCCUGCAGGGCUUCUACCGCAGCUCGUACAUCGCCGGCAAUCGCACCAGGUGGAUCGCGGCGACGCAGUUCCAGCCGACGGAUGCGCGGCGUGCCUUCCCCUGCUUCGACGAGCCAGCUCUCAAGGCCACCUUCCAGAUCAGCAUCGGCCGCCCAACCAACAUGACAUCCAUUUCCAACAUGCCGCGCAACAGUGAGCCGGAGCCAGUGGAGGGCCUGCCCGACUACGAGUGGGACCACUACGGUCAGUCAGUGCCCAUGUCCACCUACCUGGUGGCCUUCGUGGUGUCAGACUUCGGCCACCUGUCGGCGGGCGCCAACUUCUCGGUCUGGGCGCGGCAGGAGGCGCUGCAGCAGGCGCGCUACAGCCUUGAGAUCGGACCCAAGAUCCUCAAGUAUUUCGAGGACUACUUCGAGAUCAAGUUCCCGUUGCCCAAGAUUGACAUGAUCGCCCUUCCCGACUUCGCGGCGGGCGCCAUGGAGAACUGGGGCCUCAUCACCUACCGGGAGACGGCCAUGCUGUACCAGCAAGGGGUGUCCACCAACAACAACAAGCAGAGCGUUGCCACAGUGGUGGCCCACGAGCUGGCACACCAGUGGUUCGGCAACCUGGUCACCCCCAGCUGGUGGACGGACCUGUGGCUCAACGAGGGCUUCGCCAGCUACGUCGAGUACCUGGGCGUGAACGCGGUGGAGGAGUCGUGGAAGAUCCUGGAGCAGUUUGUCAUCUUCGACCUGCAGAAUGUCUUCUCGCUGGACGCGCUCAAGUCGUCCCACCAGAUCUCCAUCGAAGUGGAGCACCCUGACGAGAUCAACGAGAUCUUCGACAGGAUAUCGUAUGGAAAAGGUGCAUCUAUCAUUCGGAUGAUGGAUCACUUCCUGACCACUGACGUGUUUAAGAAGGGUACCACAAACUACUUGAACAGCAAGGCGUACCAGAGCUCCACGCAGAACGACCUGUGGGCGGCGCUGACGGCCCAGGCGCACCGCGACGGCGUCCUCAACGAGACGGUCACCGUCAAGGAGAUCAUGGACACGUGGACGCUGCAGACGGGCUUCCCGGUGCUCACCGUCUCCCGGGACUACGAGACGGGCGGCGCCAACCUGUCGCAGAAGCGGUUCAUCCUGUUCGACUCGGAGGAGGAAGCCAACGGCAGCGACGCCGCGAGCGGCCAGCCGCCGCCGCUCUGGUGGAUCCCCGUCACGUUCACGACCCUGGAGCAGCCGGACUUCGAGGACACGCGGCCGUCCCUCUGGCUGGGCGCGGAGCCGUCCGUGGCGCUGCCCCAGCUGCCCGCCUCGGAGGACCAGUGGGUGGUCUUCAACAUCCAGGAGACGGGCUUCUACCGCGUGAACUACGAUGAGCGGAACUGGCGGCUGCUGAUCGAGCACCUGAUGGACCGCGACAGGUUCGAGCAGGUGGGCGUGAUCAACCGGGCACAGCUGCUGGACGACGCCCUGAACCUGGCGCGCGCCGGCCUGCUGGCGUACCCGGUCGCGCUCGACGCCACGCGCUACCUCUCCGCGGAGCUCGAGUACCUGCCGUGGAAGGCGGCGUUCAACGCCUUCGGCUACGUGGACGGCAUGCUGGUCAAGACGGGCGGCUACGACAAGUUCAAGAUGUACAUGCUGCAGCUGAUACAGCAGCUGUACGAACACACCGGCUUCACGGACAGCCCCAGCGACCAGCAGCUCACCGUCUACAAGCGCAUCAAUGUGCUGAACUGGGCGUGCACGCUCGGCUACGAGGACUGCGUGCUCAACAGCAAGCGCCAGUUCCAGAACUGGAGGAGCACGCCCAACCCCGACAAGAACAACCCGAUCUCCGCGAACCUGAAGAGCGUGGUGUACUGCACGGCGCUGCGCGAGGGCGGCCAGGACGAGUGGGACUUCGCGUGGCAGCGCUACCGCCACACCAACGUCGGCUCCGAGAAGGACAUCCUGCUGGGGGCGCUGGGCUGCUCGCGCGAGACCUGGAUCCUCAGCAGGUACCUUGACUGGUCCAUGACGGACAACUCGGGGAUACGCAAGCAGGAUGCUGCGCGGGUGUUUGCCGCCGUCGCCAACAACCCUAUUGGCCAGCAGCUGGCGUACAAGUUCCUGCGCAGCAAGUGGGACAAGAUCCGCGAGUAUUUAGGAUCGUCACUCUUCACCAUCAACAACAUUGUCCGCAGUUCCACAAGGAAAAUCAACUCAGAUUUUGAACUGGAAGAUCUGAUGAGGUUCGCCAAGGCGCACGGCCACGAGCUCAGCACGGCGACCCGCGCGGUCGAGCAGGCCAUCGAGCAGGCGCGCGCCAACGUGCAGUGGAUGAGGCUCAACUACCGGCCCAUCACCGAGUGGCUGGCCGGCGUCACGGCCGCGCCCGCGAGUUAGCCGCCUGGCCCGAGGACGUCUCGCCGAGUCUUUCACGGGCGCGCUGGCCCCCUCCGCCUCCUCCCGCGCCGCGCCGCUCCCCAGCGACUCUCGGCCGCCACCCUCUCAUCCCGGACCAACAUUUUAUGAACUUAAAAAAAUAGGCAACCACCAGAACCAUUUUUUAAUAUCUGUUUGAAUAAUUAACAUACUCCUUUACAUUCCUGGUGCAGUUGUGUCGUCAGAAAAUCUUUUCAAUUUCAAGCUCGGCGGAGUUUUUGCUACGACUUAGGGGGAAAAAGAAACGAUAUAUUAUAUAUUUUUGUACCGUAAAACCGAACUACGAAGGGCAGUGGCAUUUUAGGUGUGCAAGAGUUCCACGCAGUCGGAGUGACCCCUUCAUCCCGGGGGUGCUUCUUUUGGCAUCUCCUGGAUUCGCGGCAACUGACUGUUGAACCGAAGAAACCACGUCAGCGAGGCUGUGCCAUCCCUGGGUGAAGUGUGGUGGGCAGCCAACACUACCAACAGACUCACUUGACAUUUGAAAAUGUGUUAUGUGGUUUUCACCUUAACCUACAAACUUUUUUCAAAACACUACAACUAAAACAUCACCUACCUACUCCAGCGUCUCAAGAUGGUCCUAAUACAACUUACGAUUAAAACCGCUGGGAGAGACGACGAAGCAAUAGUCACUGACCAGGUUGCACAAAAAAAUUUCACGGAUUCAUUGCACAUUUUCAUAAUUAAUUUUGUAGGCUGCUGUGACAGAUGUUCAACUACCUUGUGUAGCAUACAGGCGUUUCAGUUAAAUUUUCAACCACAGAAUGCUUUGCAUAUUUUAACGGCCACAAUCAUGCACAAUGUUGUGGUUUAUUUUUGUGGGCACUGCAAAAUUUAUUUUCAUUAGCAGCUUCACGAAAUGUGUUUCCAGCCUGUCUAAAUGAUGGCGUGCAGCCAUCACUUACACAGUGGUUUAAAAUAUUUAAUCACUCAAGAAGUGCCCGUGAGAACACAUCACAUCACAGCUCACAGACAACACAGCCACAUGUUGGCGGUUGUAGCCUGUUUCACGGGAAUAAUAUUCUACACUAUCCCUCGCGUGUAAUCCACAGUAUUAAACCCAUUAAAUUGCAAUCGCAGUAAACUACGCUGUUGCAAAUUUUGUUGAGCCUGCAGUCUCACCAACUGCAUUAUGAGAGAGAGAUAGAAAUUAACAAAAUACUUCAUUCACGAAAAUGUUCAAGCAUUUUGUAUAAAUCUUUGUGGAAUAAAUAGAAAGGGUCAUUGUAAUACUAAUAAAUUAAUAAAUUAGUUCCAUACUUAGUUUACUUAUCAAAUAUAUUAUCGUGUACCGAGAGAUAAGUAAAAAAUUAAAAUUUUUUCAAUCAGUUUACUUUUCUUAAACACAUUCUUCAUUCAAUUUGAGAAACGCAUUGAAAUCUUUUAUCAUCUCAAUCAUAAUUAUUUAAUUUCAUCUUGCUUAAAAGUUAUAGGAAAUUUACGUCAUUUUGCUAUCUGUUAAUCUUUGUGUAAGAAGUGGAACGCCAGAAAUUAGGCGUUUAAAAUUGAGCUUUGAGUAUAUAUCUUAAAAUCUGGUAAUUAGUCUGUGAAAUGAAAUUCGUCAUUAAACUUUGCUUAAGUGUUCUCUAGCUUAGCUUAAAAUCUUAAAUCGUUCGUGGUGAGAUUGGCCCCGAGAGAUUUUCAGAAAACCAUAACAGUAUGUAUUAAAUUUAUUGUUAGUUAUUAUUACAGUUGCAGCCAUUCGCAGAAUUUAAUUCAGUACUAACCACCAAUGAUUUUGCUGUGUAAACUAUUUGUAACCAUGGAGGUAUGAAGUAGGGAAUUUGGUGUGUGUAAUCUUUGCAUUGAAGUCAAAAUGAGAACAAAUCCUCACUCCCCUUUACUAUAUGGACAGCAAAUCAAUUAUUGGUUAUGAUGAAGUUUUACGCUAAUUCCUUGCAGAUGUGUUACGUUAGUUGAAAAAUAUGCUCUACAUGAUACAUAGCAUUUUUACGAUUCUUCCUAGCAAGUUCCUUUCGAACUAUUUCACAGAUGCUAGCGUUUGUUUUGUUAUCUAAUUACCUUAAAUGUCAGAAUAGACACGCUCUCCAUAGACUAAUACCUCCAUUUUUGUAGCACUUGGUCACUAUUAAGUUCAUGGUUUCCAUUAAAUUAUAUAUUGUGACUAGGGACAAGACUAUAUUGCGAUUAAACUUAAAUAACACCCAAAAGCAUGUCAAAACACAGCGUAACACACCGAAAUGAAAGUUAAUACUCUAUAUAUCAUGGAAUUAAGUAGCAUUUAAUUAAAACUUAAUUCAAAUCAUAAAAAGUAAUCUCUUAACGUUUGAAAUUCAAGGAAUGUCUUCAUUACCGGAAAAAAAUUGUAGCAACGAGAAUCUAUCAAGAAAAAAUUAACUUAUGUUAUUGUGCAUCUCUCAUUGAAUCACUUUUUAAACCACAAAUACUUACUAAAAAAAUGUAGCAUAUAAAUUUUACCCCUAUUUGAUGGAAUAAGUAUUAAAAAAAACAGGUGUAAUAGAAACAAUAACACUGAAAUCCUCUGUUUCAAAAACAAAAUUGGGCUGAAAAUAAAACAGUAAAAUUUGUCUCUAAUCAUGACUAAACAAAGCUCAAAUUUUCAAAAUUGAAGGACACAUAAUUGUUACGGCAUAAAAAUUGUUCAAAUAUAAAUCGGCAUCUUUCUGUUCCUUUGUUUCCCCUAACAUCGUCUGUUCCGGCUCGCAGGUACGAAGGCUUUGUGCCGCCGCAAGUUUGUGCUGCAAAUACUUUCUACUUGUCAUUUAUCACACACAAGUGUUCCAGUCUGCGAGAAUUCGAAGCCCAGGCAGAAAUGUUGGCAGGCAGCAUAGAGUGGUGUGAAGUCCCCUCGCCUGGCCACGGAUGCUAUAGUCUCUCCGCAUGCUACACCUGGGUACUGCAGGGCGUCAAGGCAUUGCCGAAUAAACUCUCAAACAAACAAAAUCUCUGUAAAUGUAAUUAUGUAUGUGGUACUGUAACAAUAUUCCAAUGGUAAGCUUGCAUGUGUCAGUGUGUGUAUGUACACGAGUCUUAAAUGUGUGUGUGAUCUCUGUUCACAAGAUUUUAUCAAUUAUUAAUUUCCACAAUUAAACUUAUUACUGUUUAAGGUA